UAAUGCUGGAAAGAAAGCAAGGGAAAGAAAAAAUUCCUGCUGCUGUGAUUGAUAACAAUGUUAAGAUUUUCCAUUCCAGACGUUGAUUGUGGUAAAACGGAUCCAAAAAAUUUAAUUUGCGUUGUUUUAUCUAGAGAUGGCGAUAAAAAUUUAUACAAAUUAGGAACAAUCUUAUUCUGGGCAUGAAUUCGCCAUUUGCGAACAACAGUUUAUAUCAUACGAAGAUGUUUCUCAAGAUGUUGAGAAAUCGGUAAGAAAAAUUAUAGGAAUGCAGUCCAUUACUGGUGGACAAAAUUUUAAAAGAUGCAUCUGUAAAGGAACAUGUUCCUCAAAAAAAUGCAAAAAAUGCUGGAAUAUUAUGUAAUUCCAAGUGCCACAAUAGCAAUUCUUGCUCAAAUAAAUAAAACAUUUUUUCAUUAUGAAAGAUCAUUGGGCGUUUUUUACCCGCUUUUUUUAAAGUCGCGAACAUAAACCAAAACACUUUUAAAUCAUAGUGCUUCCAAUCAUAUUUAAUAUUAUGUGGUUAUUUUAAUUCAUAACAAUGGGAAAAUGGAAAUAAAAGUAAAAUGAAAUUCAUAUUUUAAGUUGACUAUUUGUCCUAAUUACUAAAUAUGACCGCUCAGUAAGUUAAAAUAUCACUCCGUGGUAUUUUCGUAAAGUCAACCUGACUGAUAUCCGAUAAGUGGGUGUGCAUGUUGCGUUCUCUUUCUCGCCCAUUGUCGUAAAACAGGUUUGGUUGCGCUCGCGCAGGUAGCUAGCUUAUCUUACUACAACGCAGUCCUUCGUCAUCCGUCGUAGCGAUCUGUGUUUUACUGUGUUCCCAUUGUGUUCUGAGUCUACUAAUUACCUACUGCUUGUUUACUGGAUUUUGUUUGCCUUCGUGUUGGAUUUGGCUGUGAAAUGGAACGACGAAAUAGUUGUGUGUCGUGUGAGCGAUCUGUUCUACGUCGUAGAAGACAUCGUCUUACACAAAUGUUUUUAGAAAGAUAUCAUGACUAUGCAGUACUAUUAUUACAAGAAAUAAUGCCACGGGAGAUUGCUUUUGAUGGAACACUAUCAAUAUGCAACCCUUGCUGGCUGAGAUUUUAUCGCGCAGUGCAAGUCCGGCCAGUAGACGAUCCAUUACCUCAGCAAGUUCAAGAACCACUUAAUGAGCAAAUACCUCUUCAUGAAAACUUUAAUAGUGCUCAUGUUCUCGAUAUUAUCGAGCUGUAUGAAUGGAGAUUGGAACGAGGAACUCAGUUGGACUUCGAAAAUGUUGAGGAGAUAGAUGACAAUGAACUACAUUUUUAUACGGGUAUGGAUAAAAUUCAAUUCAAUAAUAUUUUGAAUCAAACAUCUUCUCUACGUGAUAGAACCAACAGUUCUGCUACUGUUUUGGGACUGUAUUUAGUUAAAAUAAGAACAGGUGAACCAGACGAGCGUAUAGCUUCUAUGUUUAAUAUGUCGAGAAGAACAUUGGAACGAAAACUAAAAAUAGCUCGAGAAUGUUUAUCUGAAGAGUUUGUUCCCCGCCAUCUGGGUUUGGAUCACAUGACGAGAGAAGAUGUAGUAGCUCGCAACUUAACCAUCCCGAGUCAUAUUUUUGGAGGUAACCAGAAUGAACCUGCGGCCAUUCUUGUGUGUGAUGGAACAUACAUAUACGUGCAAAAAAGCUCCAACUUCCUUUUUCAGAGAAGAACGUAUAGCCUGCACAAAUUCCGCAACUUAAUAAAACCCUUUUUAAUUGUAUGCACAGACGGCUAUAUUGUAGACGUAUUAGGCCCGUAUCCAGCUAUUACUACGGAUGCCGAAAUAAUGCGUCACAUGAUGGAGGAGGAAGUUUGGUAUUGGUUUCUGAACGCCAACGAUAUUUUCAUAUUGGACCGCGGCUUUAGAGACUCUAUCCCUGCCAUCGAAGAGCAUGGAUAUGAUGCACAUAUGCCGCCAACAAGGACGAGAGGAGAGCAGUUGAGCACAGUAGAUGCAAAUAAAUCACGUCUAAUCACUAUGUGUCGUUGGGUGGUAGAGACUAUUAAUGGUCGCUUUAAAAAAGACUUCAAAAUAUUCCGCCAUGUUUAUUUUAAUGUAGCGCUUACAAAUAUGAUGACUGAUUUUAAAAUAACUGCAGCACUUAUCAAUGCCACUUAUCAGCCGUAUAGAGAUAACGCUCAUGCCGCAGAGUUUAUAAAUAUAAUAAAUGAGAAUAUAAAUAGAGAAAAUGAAUUGGCUGAUUACGUGAUUCGAAACAACUUAAACAGGCAAAGAGUUGCAUUCACGCCGAUAGAGGCAAACAAUCCCGAAUUAAGAGAUUUUCCACAAUUAACUUACGACGAGCUAUUUUUAUUUACCUUGGGAAUAUACCAUUUGAAAUUGGCCAAAUCUUAUUGCCAUGAACACAUGCGGCCAAACGGAGUGUAUAUAAUGGAAUUAUACCAUCGCAGAGAGUUGGUAGAAAAUAAAAUAUUAAUACGAGGCAGAAUACAGUCUCGUCACAUAAGAGCAAAACGCUAUUAUACAUAUAUACUAAUAAAUCCGGCAUUGCAAGGAAGACAAAGCCUCGAAGGUUAUUACUGUUCCUGUAUACACGGCCGCCGCACUGUAGGGAGUUGCGCGCACAUCGCCAGUGUGGUAUACUUUUUAUCUUGGGCUAUAUAUCAAGAAGAAUUUCACGCACCUGCGGCGUUUUUAGACGAAACUCUUGUAGAUUUGGAUGCGGCAGAAUAAAAGUAAAGAGAAAAA